GUACUAAAUCGAUAAUGGAGAUCUAUUUGUAAUGGCGGUGGCGACUUCCCAAGCAAACCGAGUCCGACUCGUCCACUUGCGAGUUCAAUACGCGUUAGCCUGCCUCUGAGAGAUCUUUGCUACGUCAUCGGAGUGAUUCUCCGGUCACCGGCGAGAGAAAUACACGCCGUUCAUUGAUUAUUACAGGUUUUGCAGGAAAGUAAAGCGACGAUGAACGCUAAUGGAUUCUGCGGUGUUGAGAAAGAGUAUAUAAGGAAGCAUCAUAUUCAUGAACCUAAGGAGAAUCAAUGCAGUUCAUUUCUAGUCAAGCACAUUCGAGCACCUGUUCAUCUUGUUUGGUCAUUGGUUAGGCGGUUUGAUCAGCCACAGAAGUACAAGCCCUUUAUCAGCAGGUGCAUUGUGCAAGGAGAUCUUGGGAUUGGUAGUCUUAGGGAAGUUGAUGUCAAGUCGGGCCUCCCUGCAACAACGAGUACUGAGAGAUUGGAGCUUCUUGAUGAUGAAGAGCACAUCUUAAGUGUCAGGAUUGUUGGCGGGGAUCACAGACUUAGGAACUACUCCUCUGUCAUAUCUGUGCACCCAGAGGUGAUUGAUGGAAGACCUGGGACACUAGUGCUUGAAUCAUUUGUAGUGGAUGUGCCCGAAGGGAACACCAAAGACGAGACAUGUUAUUUUGUUGAAGCUUUGAUCAAUUGCAACCUAAAAUCACUUGCUGAUGUUUCAGAGAGGCUUGCUGUGCAAGACAGGACAGAACCCAUUGAUCAGGUCUAAAUCAGGAAGACGUUCUGAAGGUUAUUUCUACUUAGGAUGAAGCUUCCUUAAGGCUGUUAGUUCUCCUGAGGCUUUGGAGGCCGACUGUAUGUGGCUUGCUCUCUUCAAUAUUCCCUGGUGCUUUUAGUGCUCCGCCUUUUUUCUUCUUCUUCUGCAGUGUAUGUUUAGGGUUCAGUCAUAUUACUUGUUUGUAGCGUCUCAGAACCACACGUUUUACAAGGAUUUGAAGACACCCUGUAAAUGGAUGAAAAGACUAGCCUGUUUCCAUUCUUCGAAUUUUGAUAGGGGGUGUGGUAUGUCACUUGUCUCUGUUUUGUGUUGUUCCAGGG